UGUGACGUCUGUGGAGCGGCGGCGGCGGCGGCGGCGGCGGAUCCCGAGCCUGGUCCGGCCCGGCCUUCCCAGCGCGCUCGGCCCGGCCCGCGCAGGCGGCGAGCACCUCCCCCCCGGGCCCGGAGCCCCCGCGCUGCCUCGGAGCGCCCCCAGCCCCGCCCCGGCGUCGGCCCGCCCGGGCCCGCAGUGUGGUGGAGUGCCUGCUUGCUGUGCCCCCGGGUUAUGACGACCCCCAAUAAAGGAAACAAGGCCUUGAAGGUGAAGCGGGAGCCGGGCGAGAAUGGCACCAGCCUGACUGAUGAGGAGCUGGUGACCAUGUCGGUGCGGGAGCUAAACCAGCACCUGCGGGGCCUGUCUAAGGAGGAGAUCAUCCAGCUGAAGCAGCGCCGACGCACGCUGAAGAACCGCGGCUAUGCUGCCAGCUGCCGUGUGAAGCGGGUGACCCAGAAGGAGGAGCUGGAGAAGCAGAAAGCGGAGCUGCAGCAGGAGGUGGAGAAGCUGGCCUCGGAGAACGCCAGCAUGAAGCUGGAGCUCGACGCCCUGCGCUCCAAGUACGAGGCCCUGCAGAACUUCGCCAGGACCGUGGCCCGCAGCCCCGUGGCGCCAGCUCGGGGCCCCCUUGCUGCCGGCUUGGGGCCCCUCGUUCCCGGCAAGGUGGCUGCCACCAGUGUCAUCACAAUAGUAAAGUCCAAGACGGACGCCCGGUCGUAGGGACGCGCGCUUGCCCAGGCGGGUCUGUGAGGGGCCGUUAGGCGCAUGGCGAAUUCGGCAGCCCUGUCCCCUUCUUCCUCUCUUCUUCCUCUUCUCUCCUCUUCCUCUCCUACCUCCUCCCUUCCCUGCAAAGCACAACCUGCACCCCUGGGGCGCCGGGCUGAGCCCCUUUGAUCUCGUCGUUGUCAUCGUGUGUUUUGUACGUUGGGAUUGGUCAGUUCGGCGGUGACGUGGGGUCGCCCCAGCCCCCUUUGAACCAAGGCCAUGUGGGCUUGGAGUCCAGAGUUGGCCCUGUGAGAAUGGACAGAGAGAAAAAUCAAGCGAGUGCUCUGGGGCUUGUGUGUCCCUGAGCAGGGAGGGCUGCUCUCCACUCCCAAGUGGCCGACCGGCCCUCACGGCUGCCGGGCUGGUGGGAGCUGGGUGGUUCACUCUCAGCUCGGCCAGCAGGCGUAGAUGGGCUCUGCUCUGAAGAGUAAGGUGUCCUUGAGGACCCUGGAUGGGUGGGCCGCCAGCCGGGGUGCUGGGGAUGGGGCGGCGUGUGGCUGUGGGCCAGGGGCCGCGGCGCUUGCGCCUGACGCAUUGCACUGAACAAGACCAAAUCACUGGUUGUGAGCGUACGUGAGGGUGUGUCCAGUGUCCUGCGAUGGGUCCCGUGUCACUGUUUACAUGACCUAUUUGUGUGGUUACAUAGCCCUUUAUUUAAAAGAGAGAAGUUCCUUUUACGAAGUUAUUAAAUUAUAUGUUUAAAGGCUAAAGAAAAAAAAAAAGAGCUGCAGAGUAUUUAUAAAACUGUCUUUUUAAAAAAAAACAAGCAAGAACAUUUGACCAUGUAAAUGGAAAAGGGAAGAAAGUAUAAUAGAAACUUUGCUAGUUUAAAAAAGGAAAAAAAAAAAAUCUCUUUCUUGUAAACUUACGAACAAGUCUUUGUGGCUGUUGGAGUUUAGUUUUUAUAUACACAGAGUUAUCAGACAUUAUUUAUAAAACUUAGUUUGAAAAAAGACAAAAAAAAGCAAAGCCGCAAGCGACCGGGAGGCGCGACCUGUCCUCUUUGCUCUCUUUUGCAAUUGUACCGAAAGUGACUUACUCCUUUGCCCUUCCUGCUUCUGUCUCUUGCCGCUGCCGUGGUGUCGUCUGUGCCUGGUGAGGUCUUGUGCAGCGUCACGUGCUGGUGCUUCUGGUGACCUUUGACCUGUGGGUGUCACUUCUUGUGUCUGUUUUCCGUGUCUGUUUUUUUGGAUUUGGUUGUGUUUUUGCUUCUGCUGGCUUGCUGGGCCUGGGCCGGUGUGCCUGGCAGCACCUGCUCCAGCGCAGCUUGGGGUCUGUGCCCGCCAGCCUGGCCUCUUCUGCUUGGGCGCCCACCGCAGGGCCCCAGGGGGUCAGAUGUGGGACUCUGCUGCUCCCACCCCUGCUAACUCGUGGCUUCGCAUGUGUAUCUUGGUCUUGGGCUCAUCCAGUGGCAGGGUAGGUGAAACUCUGGGGGCCGUCCUGGGGGCCCCCCAUGCUGCUUCCAUGCCCACGGUCUCUGGCCCUGGAUGGGGGCUUUGCAGGGACCAAGGAGUCACUGUGGGUGCCCACAGGGCCAUGGCCAAGCAGUUCCCAGCCGUCUUCCUUCUGGCCUCCAAUCGCUACACUGGGGCUCUGGCCGCAGAGCCCAGCUUUGUUUCUGGGGGCUUCAUGUGGGCCUCAGCAGGGGAACCCCGGGGGCCCACUUAUCCCAGAACUGUUUCCAUGCUGUGGGGUGGUGCUUCGCAGGCAGAACCAGGUGGUUUGGGGGUCCACCUGGGGCAGCCCCUUCUUCCUGCCUGAGGGCCUGGGGGAUCUCCAACAGUGCCAGACAAGGGCUACAGUCUCCAGGGCCAGGUCCUGUUCCUCAUCUCCCCCUGAACAUGCUGGCAGCUCUUGGCUUUGGGCCUUCUUCUGCCUCCCUUUGGGAUCUGUGUCUUCCAGGGAUCCACUGCUUGGCUUGUGGAGGUGCUUUUCUCCAGGGCUGAGCUCACCUCCCCAUCACAGUCACUUGGUGGAGGCAGCCUGUCUUCCAGCCUUGGCUCGGGAAGGUCCUUGUAGGCGCAUGACAGGGCUGCCCGCAAUGCCCGUCCCUAAAAGGCUGCUGCCCUGUCUCGGCCUCUCCUUGGGGUCUCUAGUUGGCUUCUCUAGGGGCCCUGAACCCCUGAAAAGCACAGAAGUGUGGGCUGGUGAAAAGAAAAACAGUGUGGCCUGGCGGGGUUUAACCCAGUGUGCCUGGGAGAUAAGAGUAGGGACCUGCUGUCAACUUCUGUCAUCUUGUGGGCUCCUUGCGCCAGAUGCUCAGAGACGCUCCGGGUUUGCCUGGGUCGGCCUGCAGUGGAGAUUUUGACCAUUGACUCUGAAUCACUUAGUGGCUUCUUCCCCUUCCCUGCAGUCUGGUUUGUUUACCUGGGGUCCAGGUGAGAGUUGUUGAUGUUGGUUGUAGCAGCAGUGAGUUGAAACCUCGUCAUGAGACUCCCUAAAGAGAGGUCCUGCCCUGCCUUGGAGGGGGAAGGACAAGCCCAACAUGUCCACUUACGGUCCCCACUUUUGUCCCGGCUGGGAGGUGGUCGUCCGUCUCUGCGAACCCAUGCCAUACUGUAGAUCUGUAGAGCGGAGGGAGAAGGCUGGCAAGGCAGGUGAGAGGAGGGUUUGAGGGUGGGCGUGUGCCGCACAGAAAUUGCAGGUCUUUGGUUUGGUGUACAGAAAAGGCUUCUGGAGUUAGUGAGGCCAUGCUUUCUUUCAAGGUUUGUGGAUUUGGAGCAACUGUUCCUUGGGUCUGGGGGAGUAUCCUGUUCCAGUCAAGCCAGUCCCCCGGGGCAACUCUGCCCCUUUUCCCUCUCACCUUGGUUUCUUGACAGUAGAUCUUAUGUCCACAUGUGGCUGGUUAGUGUCUUUCUGAUUCUCGUUAAUUCCGUUUUCCUACUGUGAGAGUGUUGUGUUCUCUCUUUUUCCCCUCAACUUUUCUGACACAGCGAAUUGAAGACUUUGGCUGAGGCCAAGCCUCCCAAACUUGUCUGCUAAGUAAACCAUAAUAUGCACCUUCCCUCCCAUCUUGUCCUCGCCCAACUCCUUCCUUACCCAAACGUGGACACUCAGAUUUCAGAGGAGAACCCGGUGGGAACAGAUCAGCUUCUGCCCAGAGUUGGUCCCAGGGAGACCUCCCCACGGUCCCUGGCUGCUGCUUCGGGUGGCACUGCCGUUGGUGCAGGUGAGAUGAUGCUGCUCCGUGGCAGCUGUGUAGUGUGCUGGUUCCUGCCAGGUGCCAGGUCUUCCCUGGAGGCUUCUCUGCUCUUGGUCCAUGCUUCUGGUCUGCAUGCACAGCCCUGACCGUCAGCAGCGGCCUCAGUGGUCAGUGCCCCGGCCCACAGGACUGAUGGGCCACAGCCUGCUUUGGGACAGGUGGUCAAGGCCUAUCCUGUACCUGCUGCCUGCCAUUCUCUGGGGUGGCCUGUUGGCCAAAGCUCCCAUCCCACAGCUGGGAAGCCCAAGCCACAGCCUGCAGCACUGUUUCCGCUCCAGGAUCUUGUAAGUUACUUUUUUCGGCUGUGGUUUAGUGAAAGGAACCAACACAUUAACGAUUUUUUUCCCCAGAAGCCACUAAAUAAUUCUUCUUGGCGCUUUUUCACCUUGCUGUUGGCUGUCUGGUUUUGAAACAGUAGGGGAGAGUGGAGGACACACAGAGGCAGGGGUAUGUCCUCGAGAUGGAUGGCCUUUCCUGCUUCUGGCCUGUGUCCUGGGUGUACCUGCUGUACCUGUUAGGCCAGUCACACACGUUUCCAUCCUACCCUGGAGCAGCAGCCUUGGUACGCGGGUGUCCUGCCAGUCUGAGCUGGAGUGUAGGAGAGCGCAAGCCGAAUGAACUGUGAGGGGCGACCCCUCCAGCAACCUCUAUCCCAGCCCCGCCCUUCUCCCCUUGCCCUCAAUCUGCUAGUCCCUGAACUGAAGCCUUUAACCAAACGGGAGUGGGUACAGAAAGCCUUCUCCUGGCAUCUUAGGGCAACAGGACAAGGGCUGCCCAGUGUGUCCAGCUCUGCUGCUCUCCUGGCGCUGAGAAGGUGGGUCCGAGCAGAGUUGAUCAGACCCUGCCUGCCCUGUCUAGGGCUGAAGCCAGGGGAGGUGGGGGUACCCUGGGAUCUGCUGGGGCGGGCGGGGUUGUUGAGGAUCCGGGUGGGGAGGGGCCUCGCUGGGCGGCCCGGGCCCACCCUGCCCCGUGCAGUAUUUAUUGCUAAAUUAUUGUCCAGGAGGGGCGGCAGUGGGCCGGGCCCCGGGUAUUUAUUGCUGUACAUAGUGUAUGUUUGUGAUAUAUAAGGUUUUCUUUAUUUUGUAUAUGAUCAAUAAACACCUUUUAAAGAGA